UUUAUUCUCUUGAUUUCUUAAUCUUCUUUUCAAUAAAGUGGUUUCUAUACUUUCAAAUAUCUCAAAAUGGCCAUUGAAAGAAUCCUUAUUAACGGUGUAACAGAAUUAUUGAAGAAUUUUGUGAUCCCUGUGGUCGCCAAAAAUAUUGGUUUCACUUCGAGUCUCAAAAAUGACUUGAGAAAGCUUCGAGACACCUUAGAGAUGAUUCUUGCUAAAAUAGCUGAUGCCGAGGAGAAGCAAGAGAAGAGUAAUGAGUUGCGACUUUGGCUGAAAAGGCUCAAGGAUGUUUCUUAUGAUGCUGAUGAUGUUAUGGAUGAGCUCUCUUACGAAACCAUGCGUCGUAGCGAAAGAGAGAGCUUCAAGUAUAAGGCUCGUGAUUUCUUUUCAUCAUCUAACCCAGUUGCAUAUCGUCGUAAGCUAACUAAACAAAUUAAGGAAAUUAAUAUCUUAGUAGAUGAAAUUGCGAAAGAUGUGCAGAAGUUUCAGUUGCAAACUAUGAAUAACCCUGCUUCUACCAUUGCCAAUGGUGGAAGCAGUGAGCAACGGAACCGGCAAACUGCAUCCAGCAUAAUCGAUUCAGAGAUUGUUGGAAGGAAGGAUGAUAAGAAGAAAAUAAUUGAUUUAUUAACAAAGGCCACCGCAUCAUCAUCAGGUACUGUCAAUCAAUUUUUGGAAAAGGUUCCUAUAAUCUCCAUUGUGGGGAUGGGUGGACUUGGGAAGACCACCCUUGCUCAACUCGUUUACAAUGAUAAGUGGGUAAUUGAACAUUUCGAUACGAGAAUUUGGGUCUGCGUAUCAAAUUUUUUUGAUGUGGAAACCGUCUUAAUAAAAAUUAUGGAAUCCAUUACUCUAGCUAAGUUUCAUAGUGUAUCAAAUUUUGAUCUAUUGGUGAAUAAGGUUCAAGAUAAUCUCCAGGAUACGAAAUUUUUGCUAGUACUUGACGAUCUGUGGAACGAGAAUAUUCUGCAAUGGGAGAGACUCAAGAAUCUGUUGCUCGUUGCUUCUCAAGGGAGUAAAAUAUUGAUCACCACACGUCGCAUGCAGGUUGCAGAUGUUGUAAAGGGGAGCAUUCGUCCAUACCAUUUGGAAGAAUUACAAGAACAUGAAUGUUGGUCUAUCAUGGAGAAAAGAGCAUUUUCUCCUGGUGGAGCACUAAAGACCCCAAACAUGACAACCAUCGGAAUGGAGAUGGCAAACAAAUGUAGUGGUUUACCACUUGCAGCAAAAUUACUUGGAAGUCUAAUGCAUUUGAAAAAUAAAGAAAGCGAUUGGUUGUCGAUUACAGAAACUGGCCUCUGGAAUACACAAGAAGGUCAAAGCCAAAUGCGACCAAUACUGAAAUUGAGUUAUGAUAACUUGACGCCUCAUCUGAAACAAUGUUUCUCUUACUGCUCCAUCUUUCCCAAAGGUUGGGAGAUUAAUAAGGAAACAUUGAUUCAGUUGUGGAUAUCAGAAGGAUUCUUGGAGUCCUCUUCUAGUAUUGGAAAUGAACGGUCGAUAGAAGAUAUUGGAGAAGAAUAUUUUGAUAGUUUGGUGCGGAGUUCAUUUUUAGAUGGUGUGGAAAAGAAUGAUUUAGAUGACAUAAUCACGUGCAAGAUGCAUGAUCUUGUCCAUGAUCUAGCACGAGACACUGUUGGGAAUUGUGAAUGUGCGACUGUGAAGGUAAGCAAGUUGGAAAAUAUUUCAGAUGUUCGACGUUUACAAUUAAUAUCAGAUGAUGAAUUACCAACAGCACGUCCCCGAGCCUUGAGUGAAUUGAAGAAGUUGAGGACAAUUAUCAUCCUUGAACCAAACUACGGUCUGAAGGAUUACUCAUUCUCAAGAAACAAGAAAUUGCGUGUGCUACAUUUUGGUCCAAUAGCUGGUGGCUGCAAAAGGAUUAGAUAUCCGGCUGCUAAUAAGUUAAAGCAUUUAAGGUACUUCUACCUGUCCAAUUUAAAUCUUAGUGGCAUGAGGCGUAGUGAUCAAUACAUAAGUAAACUUUACAAUUUGCAUACUUUGGUGUUAAAAAGGUGUGGCUCUGUCCAAAAUCUUCUAAAAAACAUGAGAUUUUUGAAAAAUCUAAGGUUCCUUGACAUCUCGUUUACGGAUAUUAAAGAACUACCUGAUUCUCUCACUAGUCUUAAUUUGCAGAAAUUAGAUAUCAGUCAUUGCAACAGCUUAACCAACUUUCCCAACUCUGCCACCACUGGUUUGAAACAUCUAAAAUUUCUUGAUAUGUCGUUUACACCUAUUGAAGAACUACCUGGUUUCAUUAUCAACCUACACAAUUUGCAGACUUUUAAUGUCAAUAGCUGCAAGAAAUUAAAGUCUUUACCAGAAUAUGUUGCAGGUCUUGCUAAUUUGAGGAUAUUUAAUUUUAAAGAAUGCACAUUACUUGAGGAAAUUCCCAAAGAUUUUGGAGCCUUAACACAGUUAAGAUACCUGAACUUCUAUGGUACCGAGAUUAAAGUAUUACCCGAGUCUUGCGCUAACCUACACAAUCUUGAUUUUGUUGAUCUUUUCAAGUGUGAGCUUCCCAAAGAUGUCACAAAUUGGACAAAACUUAGAAAAUUUGUUUACUUUCAGCCGAGAAACCAAAUAAUAUUGGGUGUAGGGAAACUAGUUUGCCUUGAAACAUUGGUUUACUCGGUGCCAGAAAAACUAAUAAACGGAUCACCUGAAUGUAAUGUUGGCAUCGAAGAGUUAAGAAACCUAAACAUUCUUGAGGAUCUAACUAUUGUGAAUCUUGAGAACGUGAAAGACCCAACUGAUGCUAAGAAAACAAAUCUGAAAGAAAAACAUAACCUUCGCGAAUUACUACUAGGUUGGGGUGAAAUAGAAGAAGAGUUGGGCAUGAUGAAGUGGGAUCACAAGUCAUGUAACUUUCAAGUAUUUGAAGCUCUCGAACCUCCCUCGAGUUUGAGAUAUUUGAAUAUACAGAAUUUCAUGGGGUGUGACCUUCCCACGUGGAUGUCUCGUCUUCCAGAACUGGAAUUUUUGGUACUUAUAAAUUGCAGCAGAAUUAAAAAACUACCAGCAUCUAUUGGGCAGCUCUCGUGUCUCAAGUGUCUUGAUCUUACAGCAAUGACUUUAAAGAGUUUACAUAUUGGCGGAUUUCCUUCCUUAAUCCAACUCGAUCUUACUGAUAUGUUCAAUCUAGAAGAAUUGAGUUUUUCAUAUCCUUCUUGUCUUCAGCAUCUGAGUAUCAAGGGCUGCAAAAGGUUAACAGAAAUCCCUUCAUUUCCUUGUCUGAUGCAAUUGUUAUUACACGAGACCGACCACAAGUUAGUAUGCUCGGUUGUGAGAAGCCAGGCAUCUCUCACGGAACUAUUUUUGGAGAAUAUUGACGAGCUUGUAUACUUCCCAGUAAGCACUUGCAAUCUUCAAGUUUUGCAAAUUAAAGAGUGCAAUCAGUUUGAAGGCUUUGGUGUAAAUAAUGAUGAGAACGAGAAUAACGCGGUUGCUCUUUGCAAUAGCUCUCUUCAAAGGUUGGCCCUCAUCGAUUGCCCAGUUCUAAGGUUUCUUCCAGAUUUACGAGGAUCAACUUCUCUUAGAAAGUUAGCCAUUUGGAAUUGCCCAAAAGUGAAAAAGUCUUUAACCUAUGAUCUCAGAUGCCUCUCCUUUCUUAAGAUGCUACAUGUCGAUUUUAUCCAAAGAGAUGACAAGCGUGGAGAUCCAUCUACGCAUGAGGAGUUGAUUAAUUUGUUGUGGUAACAACAGGUACUCUCACUAUCACAGGCCACAGACUUGAUCUGACUGAUUGGGUUUAUUAUAUAGCACUGAUGUAAAUGAUUUGUUCUACUAUGGUUUUGUAGUCCGGGGAUAUUGAUUUUCUGUAAAUGGGUUGUGAAUGUUGAUAUGAAUUGUGCUUCUGUCAAAUAAUUUUAUGUAUGUGCAAUAGUGAUUGCAUGUAUUUUCUU